AGAUCCGGGUCCACGCCCCCUCCUCCCGCUGCACGCCCUCCCACCUCCUUUCUCGCCUCUUCCUCCUUUUUUCCUCACCACCGUUGUGAGCAGAGCUGCACGGUGGUCUGGGCUCAGGGAGUCCCCGGGUUUCCAUCCGUGUAUUGUGCGUCAUGGAAAGAACCGGGUGAGGGCUCAGGGGGUGCGGUGAUCGCAGCUAGGGGACACCCUGGAGGAGGGGUGGCCACACGGUUCCCAUCCCUGCUCUGCAAUCGGCCCCCUCUACACACGCUACAACCCUGGCUGGCUGCUCUCACCGCAGCUUUCAUCCUGCAUCCCUGGGCUCUCAUCCCGCACACUGCAUCCCAAGAGCAUCCUGCAUCUCUUAUCGCUGUGAGAAUCCUGCAUCUGACAUCCCGAAAGGAGAGGCCGGGCAUGUAGCGGCGGAAUAUGGGCGGGAACCACUCCCACAAGCCCCCAGUGUUUGAUGAGAACGAAGAAGUCAACUUUGACCACUUCCAGAUCCUACGGGCUAUUGGUAAAGGGAGUUUUGGAAAGGUAUGCAUCGUGCAGAAGCGAGACACAAAGAAGAUGUAUGCCAUGAAGUAUAUGAACAAGCAAAAGUGCGUGGAGAGGGAUGAGGUGCGGAAUGUGUUCCGGGAGCUGCAGAUCAUGCAGGGAUUAGAACACCCCUUCCUGGUGAACCUAUGGUACUCCUUCCAGGAUGAGGAAGACAUGUUCAUGGUGGUGGACCUGCUGCUGGGCGGGGACCUGCGCUACCACCUACAACAGAAUGUGCACUUCACAGAGGGGACUGUGAAGCUCUACAUCUGUGAGCUGGCCCUGGCUCUGGAGUACCUGCAGAGAUACCACAUCAUCCACAGAGACAUCAAGCCAGACAACAUCCUGCUGGACGAGCAUGGGCACGUGCACAUCACAGACUUCAACAUCGCCACAGUCCUGAAAGGAACUGAGAAGGCUUCCUCCAUGGCUGGCACCAAGCCCUACAUGGCCCCUGAAGUCUUCCAGGUGUAUGUGGAUGGAGGCCCCGGGUACUCAUACCCCGUGGACUGGUGGUCACUGGGUGUCACAGCCUAUGAGCUGCUACGAGGCUGGAGGCCAUAUGAAAUCCAUUCAGCCACACCCAUUGAUGAGAUCCUCAACAUGUUCAAGGUGGAACGUGUCCACUACUCCUCCACGUGGUGUGAGGGGAUGGUGGCCCUGUUGAAGAAGCUGUUAACCAAGGACCCUGAGAGCCGCCUGUCCAGCCUUCGUGACAUCCAGAGCAUGACCUACCUGGCUGACAUGAACUGGGAUGCAGUGUUUGAGAAGGCACUGAUGCCUGGCUUUGUGCCCAAUAAAGGGAGACUAAACUGUGACCCUACAUUUGAACUUGAAGAGAUGAUUCUAGAAUCCAAGCCGCUUCACAAAAAAAAGAAGAGGUUGGCCAAGCAUAGGUCCAGAGACAGCACAAAGGACAGCUGUCCCCUGAAUGGACACCUGCAACAGUGUUUGGAGACAGUGCGGAAGGAAUUCAUCAUAUUCAACCGAGAGAAGCUCAGGAGGCAGCAGGGACAUGAUGGCCAGCUCUCAGACCUGGAAGGCCGAGUAGGAAGCCAGACCUCAAGCAAGCUGCAGGACGGUCGAAACAACAACAUCCUGACCCAUACAUGCCCCCGAGGCUGCAGCAGCUAAGCUCGCCUGCCCAAAUGGCACUGUCUGCCCUGACACCCAGAACCCUUCCUCUGUCCCCUGGUGGGCCCCAUCUCACCCUUAAAACAUCAGAUGCAGAAAGAGCUCUGUAUUCAGGGCUCUGGUCCCUGUUUCCAGCUGAUUCGCUGUGUGACCUUGAGCAAAUCACA